CACCAUCCUUGUUUCUCCCACCGACGGCUGUUUGUCCCCAUUCUUUCCUUCCAUCUCAUAUUAUUAUUUUUACCUCUUAUCUCGCUUGUUUCUCUCUUCUCUUCACGAAAAAGUAACCAAUGGGCUCGACACAAUCGUUACUCUCACCAGAAGCUGUCAUAACUGCCGCUGUCGUCGUCGGUGCUGUUGGAUAUGGCAUUGGAUAUCAAGUCUCCAAGUCAGACUCCAAGGAAACGGAAAAAGAAAAAGAAGCCGUUGGGUCUGGGUCAGGUUCGGUUGAAAUUGAGGGGAAGUUAGGGAAAGGAAAAGGGAAGGCGAAGAAAGCGCAUCCAGGCAACGUUACAGAAAAAGGGCAGGAAACCACCGGCGCAGGCACUUCAAUGCCGCCGAAUGACUUCCCAAUGGCCCACGCUGUACCAUUUCCUGCUGUCAUUCCGGGACAGUUUGUCGACGAGGACGACAACGACCUUGGGUCUGCAUCUGGUAACCUUGAGGCGUCGCCUUCUGCGAAGAAAGGAAAAGGAAAGGGAGGCAAGAAGAAGAAUCAGGCUACUGCCGCGAGUGAGAAGGACUCAUCUCGUCGUUCCGUAGUCGAAGUCGAGGGGUUGGCUAGCUCGGAUCCCGGACCCGGACCCAAGGAAUUGAAAUCAAAGAGGCAGAGGAAGAAAAAGGCGGCCGCAACCUCUCCAGUAGAGUCUUCUCAACUCCAAUCCCAAUCCCAAUCUCCACAGCUUCCGUCGAAACCAAAAUCGAAAUCGCCGACGCCGAAACCAUCCGCUAUCCACCAGUCAACUAUGUCUGUUGAUACAGAUGGUGAAUGGACACGCGUCGAGAAGAAGAUUAGCAGAGACCUUCAGGAACACCUUUCGUCUUUGUCCGAAUCAACGCCGGCAGCGCCGUCGGAUAGCGUUUCCGCAUCUACUGGAGAUGCUGUCACUACUGAUGGGGAUGGAGACGCGGAGGAUGAGGAAGAAGGCGAAGUAAACGAAGGAGUUGAGUUUCGUCGUCAACAAUCUGGACAGAGGCGGCCGCUUGCGGAGAGGUUACUGCCGAAGCCACGGAAAACUGGUGUUGAUGACAUGCUUUCGACGCCCGACUAUCCAACUGUUUCACGCGUCAUGCGUCUUCAGCCUAAACCAGGAGAGAAACCGGCAGUCGGAUUCUCAUGGGGUGAUUACGAGGAUGUCGUUCAAGGUCCCGCACCCAGUGGAGGGGAGACUGCAGAUGGAGACGGCGAUGGAGACGAUGAAGGGUGGGGCGUUGUAAAGCGGGGUGGUCGACCUAAACCUCAGCACUCCUCGUCCACUUCAUCCUCGCAUCAUACACCUCAAAAAGCACCGGAAUCGCUAACGAAGAAGCAACGCCAAAACGCAGCCAAACGUGAAGCACAAAAGUCUGCCAAAGCGGCCGCGGAAGCUGAAAGACUGGCCAGUUUGGCGAGGCAUAAGAGAGACCUAGAGAAGGAGAGGAUUAAAGAACAAUAUCGUGCAGGGGAAGGAGGGAAGAAGGGAGGUGUUAGCGGAGGGAUGAAGGCGAGUGUCGAUGAGAAAGGGAAGCUGGUUUGGGAGUAAGGAUGGGGAUAAUCCCCGGGGGGGGGGGGGGUGAGCAUACAAACUUUUCUUGGUUAUCUGCUAUAAACGGCUGCGGACAUGCAUUCGUGGUUCAAACGUUCAUUCCUCAUAUCCGUACCCUAUCCAUUCGUCUUAUAUUGUUAUUGGUUUAAUUGCUCCGGAUAUCGCUUUCAUGACUGUUCUUUCGUGCCUCGCUCAUCAUUUUCACUGAAAAUCCGUCUCGUUAUCGAUCGUAUAGAAUAUUUUUGUUACUUUCUAAUACACUCUUAUAUCACGUCUUCAGAAACUGGGGAUGUACGAAGAUCAGCGUCCUUGCAUCCUCCAUCGUCGCAGAACGUUCCAUAACUCCUAAUAAUUAGAUCAUAUUCUCUUAUUUACAGACUCCCAGUAUUCUCGUAUCUCGAAUCCAAGUCGACUUGU